GGCGAAGAUGAAGAAACCAUGUAUGGACGACUACUAGAUGUUCUCGUGCGUGAUAUAAAACUUUUGACCUACAAUAAUGCUGCUUUAGUCGACGAAGUUUCUAGACUGAACUACGCUAUCCUUAUUGCGUCAGAAGAACGGAAGCGAUCAUGUCAUCAUGAUAGGAAUCGCAUACGAAGAUUGCAAACCGCCAAUAAACGGAAGUCGGAUGCUCAAAAGCGCCAACAAGAACAGUUGACUUUAGCAGAAACGCAGGAAAAUAUCGCUCAGAUCAAGGCAAAAAUGGCAAAAACUAUUGCUAGCCCUCAGAAGUUCGAUUAUCAGCUUUUCCUCAUCAACAGGGAGGGAAAUGAGGGUCCUACGAAACGCAUACGAUGUGAUUCCGAGCGGACGGAGUUUAGCGAAAAUGCGACUGCUUCUAAAGAGUGCAGUGCUCCUUCAAGUGUGGAAAAACCCUUGUCUUUGCGUCAUUCGGUGUUGUCUAGCGACGCUGAAGAGCUAGUGGAUGAGCAGAAUCGCCGACGACGUGGAAGCCGGCCGGUUCCAAUUCCUCAUGAAAGCACAGCUGAGGCUAGCGGUUCAAUAUCCGACGUGGAUGUGAAGGCAGCGUCUGUUAACUGUAGCGGAGACACGAUGAAUGAAAGUUCCGAGAAUAACACAGAGGGCGUAAAACACGUUGAAGAAGCUGCUUCUCUUCCAGCAGAUCCAUCGAAAGAUGACGAUCCACAGUCUUGGCGUCGGCGAUCAGGGCGCCCACCUGCACGUGCCGCUAGCGCUGCAGCACAAACGCUCCUGGCGGCAGAGCUGGCUGCUAACGAGGAGGUUUCCACAUAUUCUCCCAAAAAAGCGAGUCGUUCGCGCUCUAACACAAAUGAGUCGCCUUCUGCUCGCGCACAGAAGUCAAAACGUAGCAUUGUGUCCAUCAGCGCUUCGGGACUGGAACUAGGUUCUGGCGAAUCCAUGACGUAUCCUACCAAUAAAGAAUUAGCAGUUGAUGUUCGUAAUGAAUCUGGUACUUUGGGGAGCUCUGAGCUGGAUCCUAAAGAUGAUGCUCCUGAUGAAGAUAUGGCACUAAGCGAUGCACUAGGAAGCGAGGACUCGAGAGGAUCGCAGCGACUGCGGCCUAUGAGAAGGACUACGAGAACGGUGUGUCGAAAAUUUGCUUUUCUGCAUCUCAGACUUUUUCCCAUGGAGUUCCCUUAA